AACGUUAUCACAAUGCGUCCUUCAUAAUGCUCAGGGGCUCUUUGAUCUACCUUGAAUAUAUUAAUUUAGAUAAAAAGAAAUUCAUUGUAAUUUUAUGAAAAAUACGGUACGAUUGUAGUUAGUGCAUUUAUUUAGUUAACCUUGAAAUCAAGUAAAAUAUUAGUAACGUAACUAAUCCAUUUUAUUUAUUAAAAUGAUUUAAUUAUAUAAAAUUUACAGUAAAAUAACAGAAGUUAAAUUUUUUUUAGUAUGGCAUUGGUUGAAGGAUUUGGUGAUGAAGUAAUACAAUUUUUUGCUAUUUUAUUUCUUGUCAUUCUUAUUGUAUUACUAUGGAUGUCCACUCAAGUAGCAGAAAUGCAAUUAUUCCGUGGAGCUGUGUUCAUAUUAGAAAGACGUACAAGACGACGGCAUCAUGAUGCUGACAGACCAACUCCUGUAAUUACUUCUCAACAAGCUGCUGUAACAGCUGAAGAAGUAUCUUCAAAUUCAAGUACUUCAAAUUCAAUAAAUUUAACAGAUGAAAAUAACAUUUCUCAAAUUAAAAAUGAAAAUACUACAGCUAAAAAUAAUGAAGUGACAAUAAAUGAAACAGUAAUACAAUCUACAAAUUCUAGUCAAGAAAGUUGUGAUGAUAAUAAUGCUUGUGAAUCAGAGACUUCCAAAAACUCUAUAAGAAUACGUCUCAAGUAUUUAAAUGAUGACUGCCGCCUUGUUGAAGGUAGACUUCAAGAAAAUAUUGGUGUAUUUAAAAGGAGACAUUUUAGUAGUGAAUUAUCUGCUAAUAAAAUUGUACGUCUAAUAUUUCAAGGCAAAGUAUUACAUGACGAUGAAGCUUCUUUAAUUAGUUAUGGUUUACAUGAUAAUUGUGUUGUGCAUUGUUUAGUACAUCAACCCAGAUCAUCAUCAAAUGCUCAACAAUCAUCUGAUCCUAUAGAUCAUAAUACCACUGAACAACCUCAGACUAAUGUUGGGCAUCUUGGGCCACGUCAAAAUGGACCAGUCCAACGUGAAUGGAAUUUGGCAACGCUAUUAUCUGCAUUAAUAACAAUUAUUAUUUCAUUGUUGUGGUAUGCAAGACUACAGUUUUAUACAUUAUUUUCAUACACAUCUACAGGCACCUUAGGAAUAUUGACUGGUAUAUUCUUGUUCACGGCUUUUCUUACUUAUUUGGUGGAUAAUGAAGAACAACAGCAACAACGACAGCCAGCUGGACAAUGAAAUCUGUCAAAAUUUAUUUAUUUGUGAAAGAUAUAGAUAAAGGUUUUAUUAAAAAAAAAACUUGUUAAAGUAUUAAAUUAAUAAAAUAGUGAUUUUCAAUUUCA